UUUGUCAAUUUGUUCUAAUUUGUCAAAAUUUUCAAAUAAACAAGUAAAUGUAGGAUAAACGUGUAAAGAUUAGUUUUUAGGAAAGUAAUACAAAGGAAAGGAUUUCAAAAUGAAUAUAACUUUGAUAAGUUUAGAGGCUUUAAUUUUGAAAGCAACCCACGAAAGCCUGCCCCAUCCGGAUGCAGCAGCACUGGAGGCAUUUUGUACUAUCAUGAAAGCUUCAGUCGACGGUCCACAACUUGCUGCUCAAACUCUUGCAACACGAAUUCAAUCUCAAAACUCACGCGAAGCCCUACUAGCUCUGUCAAUGCUCGAUCGCUGUAUGCGCCGUUGUGAUACAACAUUCCAAAAUGAAAUUGGUAAAUUUCGAUUUCUGAAUGAAAUGAUUAAACUUGUAUCACCUAAAUAUUUAGCUAACAGAACAUCGCCCGAAGUAAAGACUAGGGUUUUACAGUUAUUACAUACCUGGUCUACACAAUACUCAAAAGAAACCAAGUUCAAAGUUGCAUUUGAUAUGUUAAGAAAUCAAGGUGUGGUGAAGGAAACACCACCUCCCUUGCCCCCAGAGGAAAUUCCCUUCCCCGCACGGCCGAGAGCAAAAAAUGCAAUUUUUGAAGAUGAAGAGAAGUCAAGAUUAUUACAAAAACUACUUCAGAGUAAAAGGCCAGAGGACUUACAACAUGCUAAUAAGCUUAUUAAAACUAUGGUGAGAGAGGAGGAGCGACGUAACGAAGCGAAUAGCUUACGUGCUCAGGAGGUAGGUGCGGCGCUGGACUGCGCGGGGUUGCUUCGGGACAUGCUUGCACGUGCUGUGGAUGCUUCCCAUGAUGAGAAGCAACUCAUACACGAGUUAUACGCGAGCUGUGAGCGACUACGGCCAGCGCUGCAACGCCUUGCGUCACUUGAUACACAAGCUGAUAACCUCGAUGAUAUACUUCAUGCACAUGAUGUGCUGGUCGAGGUCUCGGAGAAGUAUCAAGAAUUUAUUUCACAGAAAACACGUCAAUCGAAAGACGCGAGUAAUGAGAAAGAGUUGCCAGCUUCAAAUAAUGAUACGCUGUUAGAUUUCGCUGGGGCAGUAAUUAAUAAAAAUGUUAGUGCUGCAAAAAAUUCUGCAGUCAAGCCUAAUGUAAUAGAUGAGUUGGGAGAUAUAUUUUCUGAUGGUAGUAGCUCAAAUAUUGCUGCACCAUUGAAACCUAUUAGUCUCAUACAGAAUGAAGACAUUGAUCUCUUAGGUGAUAAGACAAGUAAUACUGAAGGCUGGAAUGUAUUGGACAGUCUCGGGGAGCAGUUGCUGAAGCAGUCCUUGCCUGAAAACGCCAAACGUAUUGAUAGUUUUAGUGGUAAGCAAGUAAAAAAAAUACCUAUGAAUGCUUUGGAGGUAUCUUCACCUAAACACGAAGCUCAACCAACAAAUGAUGGUGCAUUAUUUGAUUUGGAUUUCUUCAUAAAGAAAGAAGAUGAGAAAGUUGACUCUCCAGAAACAUCAGAAGCUAAAGUCAAUGACGACGCCAUGGUUGAUAUCACACCCAAUACAAUAGACAACAGUUCCAAUAUUAAAGACAGCCCUUUGGAUAAUAUCCUUGAUUUAGGUUUACCUUUAGUCAAUAAUGACAUAGAAUCAACAGUCACUAAAACUGAAGUUACACCUGAACCAAAGGAAAUAACUAAAAGUAAUAAAUACAGUGAGGUGAAACCCUUAAAUGAUAUUAAUGUGACAUUACAAAGUAUAAGGCCAAGCAAAGUGCCUCCGCUAACUGUGUUUGAAGAAGAAGGAGGCCUAACGGUGGUACUACACUUCUGUAGGGACAAGCCACGUCCAGAUGUUAACGUUAUAGUCAUUUCUACAACAAGUAAGAACCCAUCGCCUAUAGAGGAGUAUAAGUUCCAAGCAGUUCUGCCAAAGGGUUGCAAGGCACGCCUACUGCCAGCGUCUGGCAGCAGCCUGCCGGCAUACAACCCGUUCCUGCCGCCGCCCGCGCUCACGCAGCUGCUGGUGGUGGGGCGGCCCGCGCUGCGCUCGCGCACGCACCUCAAGUUCGUCCUCACCUACACCUGCGACGAUGAGACGUACUCCGAAAUCGGUGAGGCAGAUAACUUACCGCUAGAUGAUAUUUAACUUGUAUAAAAUAUCGAAACUCAUGUUUUAGUGCAUUUUUUUUUAUAAUCUGACCUUGAUAGUAAUGAUUUGUUCCUCAAAAUGGCUUAUUCUUGACAAGUAUCUAUUAUGACAUAUUUUAUGUAGUGAUUUUUUUAAGAAUUUUGAUAUACAUUCAACGCAAUGUUUUGUAACAGUUUUGAAUAAGUUAUAGCUGAUUACUUAAAAUUAUGUAACUGAAUUCUAAUAAACCAAAAUUGUUUGUGCUGUAAAAAUCUAAAAUAUAUUAACCUUG